CACGGACGCCAUUUUAGCCUUUUGCACUCCCGUUGACACGGAUGACGGGCGGCCUGACGAGGAGACAGCAAGCAUCAGUGACGAGAGCUUGGGGAAAGAAACGGGCUCUGCUGCCCUGCAAUCUCCAUCGGCUGUCAGUUCGAAUUGGGAUAAAGGGCCGCGUUCUCGCAAGCUCUUCCCAAACGAGACAAGAACUGUCCGAUCCCCCCUGCGAGAUCCCCAGACCCCAUGUCUGCUCUCGGUAUCAUGGACAUGGGCAUGGCAAAAGAAGUGGACAGCUCGACGCAGAAGCUCGCAGCUCAUGUCGAUGCUCAAUGCCGGGUGUUGUAUCCGGACCAUGUGGACAAGGAUCUCUUGUUCCAGCUCUACAGUGUUUCCCAACGGUUUGUCUCAGCAAUAUCCAACCACCAUUUGAAUGGCACAAGUUGGUUAGCCGCUCCUCUAGGGACCAGGGUCAAGACUGGAGGCUGGAGCUCAGUAUUGGAGGCACAUCAGUCCCUCCGACGUCCCGGCCAGGCACCCGGCAGAUAUUGUUAUGACCGUGGGCGGCUCGACAAUCCAAACGCGGGCCAGGGAGGAGGAUAA